UGGUGGGUGAGGUUACUAUCCUCGGUUUCGGCAGCUUAUGGAAGACAUUCUGACAGCGUUGCCUGAGACCGAGGUGUCCGGAGAAGUAGGUAGAUCAUCAUGUUUUGAAGUUACAGUGAAUGGUCAACUUAUAUUCUCCAAGCUCAAACUUCAUGGCUUUCCAAAAUCUGAAAAUGUGAUAAAAGAAAUUGAGAGACUCAUGAACGGAGGGAAAUGUCAAGAAAUUACAGAUGCUGAAAGUCCAGGAUGUACUAUAUUAUAACCUAAAAAUGUAACAUUAAAACAUAAAUUCACAACAGUAACCAAAAUUAUUUUAAAAAAGUUGUACCUUAAUAUUUUCUACAAUAUUGUUUAACAAUGUGUAAUGUUUCAGAGAUAAUGAAUGAUCCCUUUUUUUCCCAUGAGCAAAAAAAUUAUUGACACAUUUUUCAUUAUUUU